CAUAGCUAUCGACAAGAAAAAUCGGAACUUGCUCGAUAUUUUAACAACUCCAGUUGUAUGACCACGUUUUCUUCAAAGAAAAUGUAGUUUCUGCUCUUGGAGUAUAGACUAUUACCAUACUCCGACUCUUCCUUCUUCUAAGGGCAUCAAAUUACCGUGAAAUGACCGAUUACCACCGGACAAUCUACUCCUCUCUGGAUAAUACGGCAGUUAUCCAGGAAGAGGAUCUGGAGCGGACUAGAGGAACUUCACCUGAUCCAGACCUGAUUAUGCUUAAUGAAACGAUGAUUUACAUCAAAACUGCCUGGGGACGGGGGCACGAGCUAUCGGUAUCAAAACUUAAUUUCCAUCAAAUCUGCAUAAUAUCCCCGCUCCUUCCACCGUCACGCCAUUCCCUUUGUUCCCGCCCCUAUCAAACGGGAGCAAGCAGAUUUGUGAUGCGCUGCGUCCGACCCGGAUCAUGGAUGUACUGACCGUGAAUGUGGUGCGGGAUGCGCGGGUUCGAUUAAACAAAAAUCUAAAUUUAAACAGAAAUCAAGAACAAAAAUAUAUUUCGUAAUAAUUAUUUUUACGUCAUACUUAAAAAAAAAUCCCUAAGCCUCAUAAAUAUUUGUAUAUAAUUAAUCAGAAAACUUCUUAUUUUUAUUCGGUUUUUAGAGAGAAAAAAGUAAAAGCUAUACCAUAGAUGGGAGAACCGCGGCCUCUGUAACGUAAUUGAGGCCUCCAAACCUGUUUGUGUGAUAUUAAUUAAUCUAGUAAUAAUAAUAAUAAUAAUAAAUGAUGGAAAUACCAACUCAGGC